UAUAAAUUUUAAGUAACUUAUCAUAAUCAUUUUUGGAUUUUCGAAAAAAAUAAUUAAAAAGGCAUUUAAUUAUCAAAACAAUGGCUCUGAACUCAACCACAACAAGAGUAGACAGUCAGGCAUACAGACCUAUGACUGUCAUUGUAUUGCUUUUAAUAAUAUCAGUGAUUCUUGCAUUAAUCGAUGCCCAAGACGUUCAGGAAAAUGAAAACGCUGUAAACGGUGUGAUAAAUGCCAAACGGACGGCAUUUUUGCCGUCGAGAGGUCGCCGAUAUUGGCCUACAUUUGACUCGAGUGACAACAAUGAUAAUAACGAUUACAAACGGAUGUCUAAGUUCUUACCGAUGAGAGGACGGAAACAGAGCUUUUUGCCGGUCAGGGGUCGCAAUUCAACCACUAGUGAUAUGUAUGACGACUAUCUCGAUGUUGUAUCUCCUUAUGGAUCCAAUAAUAAUAAUAAUGAUUACAAUUCAGAACCGGUUGACAAAAGGGCGGCAUUUAUGCCAUCGAGAGGUAAGAAAGCGUUUUACGGAAUGAGAGGUAGAAAGUGAUCGCAUAGUUAUUGUACUUAACUUCUCAUAUCAUUAAUAAUAAUAAUAAUAA